CAGAUUUCAGACAUGGCUCGUACGAAGCAAACCGCUCGCAAGUCGACCGGCGGCAAGGCGCCGCGCAAGCAGCUGGCCACCAAGGCCGCGAGGAAGAGCGCGCCGGCCACCGGUGGCGUGAAGAAGCCCCAUCGCUACAGACCCGGCACGGUGGCCCUUCGUGAGAUCCGUCGCUACCAGAAGAGCACGGAGCUGCUGAUCCGCAAGCUGCCCUUCCAGCGGCUGGUCCGUGAAAUCGCGCAGGACUUCAAGACCGACUUGCGCUUCCAGUCGUCUGCCGUGAUGGCCCUGCAGGAGGCCAGCGAGGCCUACUUGGUUGGUCUGUUCGAAGACACCAACCUGUGCGCCAUCCACGCCAAGCGCGUCACCAUCAUGCCCAAGGACAUCCAGCUGGCACGUCGCAUCCGCGGAGAGCGUGCUUAAGCCUCAAACUUUGAGCCAAAAUCGGCCCUUUUCAGGGCCACCAAAUCGCUCCAGUCAAAGACCAAAAGCAAUAAUCAUCUUAUAA